AGCUGGUGUGCUGUGUGAGGAUGUCCAUGUGCAAUUUGCAACCUCUCCCUCCUUUUUCUGGAGUAAUGAUGGCAAAGUCAAAGUCAGGUCCCAACAUGUCAAACACUCCAGUGUUGUGGACGUGUUCACUGUUACCUUGAAUAAUACAACACCUCUCUGGACCAUACAUACAGUGAUUUAUAGUUAGUUAAUAUGGAAGGUGCUUGAACUCUGUAAUACUGCAAAUGCAGCUGCACUCAUAAGUUAUUAAGUUCAUAUUUGUAAUGAAGCAAUGUCAUAAAUACAGAAGUACGUGAUCUCUGUAGUCUGUCUUUGUUUACCAGCAUGUGAUUUUUGGUUAUAAUCCAUGUUCUCCUUCAGCCACUGUUACAGCACGGGUAUGACAGAUGUUAUAUUAAAAUGACAACUUACCAUUUUGCUUUCAAGAAUUUUGUUCAACAGUAUCAACUUUCAUUAUUUUGUCCUUUUAAUCAUGUGAACACUUAGCAUUAGAACUAUGACAGGGCUUAUUGUGUUGAUCUUAUUACAAAAUUAGUUAACUUAGUUUUCCAAGUUACACAUUUAAUUAGGGUGAAAGUGUUUUAGAGUGACAAAGAUUGGUUGGUGUGGGUUUAGCGCUGAAAUUAAUUGUAUGGUCAAUAACAUGUCAGAAAAAAAUUAUGAAAAUUUCCAUUACAAUUUCUUAAAGCCCAAGGUAAUGUCAAGUUAUUUUGUCUGACAAAAAGUACAAAACCCAAAUAUACUCACUUCCAAAAGAUAAAGCAAAGCAGUGAAUUCUCACAAUUGAGAAGUUAGAACUAUGUUUGGUAUUUUUUGCUUGAAAAAUAACUGAACGGUAAAUUGAUUCUCAAAAUAGUUGCCCAUUAUCUUAAUGUCAAUUGACUAAUCGAUUAAUAGACUCAUCUUUUCAGCUGUAAAUAGGUUCCAAACAUGUUGAUAGGAAUGAUUUCCGCUGCUGAUUCGUUUGAUACAAUUUUCUAUGGAAAGUGAUCUUGGGAGUUCUUGUUGAAAACCUGAUUUUGAAGAAUUAUGGGGGAAAACAAAACAUCUGACAUUAUCGUCAGAACCAACUAUUCCCCCGAUGUUGCAAAGAAGGAAAAAAAUAGGAUACCGAUAUUAAUACAUAAGAAUUUUGUGUAUUCUUACAUCCGUUUCUAACGGCCACCUGCUUAUAUCCUCUUGUUAUACAACUUGCCCUGCUUAUAUCUCUGCAGUCAGUGACCUGACAUGGCUCGAGCCCAGAUGUGUUCAGUCAGCUCACCUCCUGUUAAGCAAGUGUGUCCACAAAAGGAUCAUUUAAACCUAGCCUCUGUUUUCAGAUUAGAGAUGCAGAGUUAAUACUGUUGACAUGUCACAUGUCAGGAUGCUAGUUUUGAGAGCGCUGAACAGCCCAGGAUGUCCAAGCACAGAGGCCUUACCUAAUAUCCUCAGGACAGGUUAUUAUUAGAACAACAACAAUGCCAUUGCAGACUAAAAAUACAGCUGGCCUUACUGGUGUGCUGCUUGUCUUUACUUAGCUCUCACCUACUGUAGGUAACCAAAAUACCUCCUCAGGACUGGUGAGGGGAACACAAGGGUGGCAACGGAUGACGGGGAUUACAGUGAUCUGCUUACAUUUUUCUUUUUCAUUUUUUGAAGUACAGCACAAAACAGAUGAUGGAAUUUAAAGACAAAAAAAUUAAAAUUAUGAGUAAGAAAUUAAAAAUAAACAGGAAUCAAAAUAAAAAAAAAUGAAUUAAAACAAAAAAUACAAGGGUCAAAAACUGGCAAGUCUAAAAAAUAGGCUUGAUGGAAAACAUAAUACUGAUGGCAUAUUGUGAGCAACAACACAUGUUUAUAAAUGCAUCUGACACAGUAAAUUAUUUCAUGGAUUACUUUUUAAGUAAGUAAAACACCCUGUUCUGGUCUGUAAAUGGGGCAUUGUUACACUUGAGCAUCUGUAUGCACAUUUGCUAGUACAUAAGUGGUGUUAAUUUCCUUUAAGACACCUCAGAUGUUUCCUGUAUGACACGUUUUGCCUGGGAUUACAGGUUGAAGACAGCAUUUAUAGACAAGAUUAGAUAGAUAAGAGUACGCUACUUAACCAAGCAAGAGACAAUAGACGGGAACGGCUGAGCCUCUGCUGACAUCACAUGACAGGGCUUCGUUACUCAGUGCUAUUCUCCAGACUAUUUGUCUACACUACUAUUUAUAAUGUAAAGUCUUACUUUUUUUUCUGCAUUUGUGGUGCUUGUAAAUGUGAAAAUGCUCCUUUUUCCUUCCUUUUGACACGUUUCAUCCUUACGGCCUUACAAAGCAUUUUAUAUCUGAGUGUGAAAUUGAUUUUGAGGGCUUAAACUUUGUGUUUUACACCCAAAUAGAAGGUUUUUUUCUACAGUAAUGAAAAUGAAAACCCUAUAUAAAGUGCACUUUCCCAUUAAACAGAGCCGGGCAUUGUUGGGGAAUCCAAAAAUAAUAAAAGUGGGACAAUUUAUUUUUGUCCCAAGUUAGCAAGGCCAGUUGUGAAUGUAGUGAAGUAUAAAAACAGAACAGGAAAAAUUUGACUGGCCGGUCAUGAACAUUACAGUUUGUUCAUGGGAACAGUAUUGCAGUCCAAACAUUUGGGAACAUUUUAUCUGAAGAUGGACAAAAAAAAACAGAAAAAAGAACAAACCCCAAAAUCCAUAAUAAAAUACCUUAUCUUAUGGUAACACACUGUAUCGAAUCACUUUCUCAGCAGGUAUGACUCAACAAAUCUUUAUAUUUGCAGUUAGUGCCUUAAACACACCUGUUUGCUCAUGUAAACACCUUCGCCACAAACGUGUGACUUGAGGAUCAGGCCACCUCUUUCUCCUGGGUCAUCUGCCGUUAUGUAUUCCAUUAUAGAGCCCUGCAAACAAUUAUGUAAAGCCUAUACACUGCUGAAUGCGAGGGUUCAUCAGCUUACAGAGGGGGAUUUUGUUAACUGGAUUAGUGGUAGAUUUAAACUCUGCAUUUAGGUUCAAGAAAUUAAAAUAAUCAGUGAGCCUGUCUGUGCGUCAGGUAUAAAAAGGCUCAGAUGCCGUCUUCUCGCCACAGCUCAGACACUGCAACAGCUCUGUAUUGAAAAAUUCCUGUGGCUUCAUUUUACACUCAAGGUAAGAAGAUGCUGCUUUGUGGGGACCAACUGAUCUUUUUAACAACUAAAUAUGGAAUUGCAAGAGUUUUUUUUCCUUUAGCGGGAGACUUCAAACUGCACUGAUAAUGGCACCAUUUAAUUGUUACAGGAUAUUUUAUAAUAGUGGAAUUUUAGUAAAUAAGAAUACUGCUCUGAAGUAGCAUAAAGAAAAAUCACACAAAUGAAUGUGCUUGUCUUGGGUUUUGCCUAGAAUGGACUUCCAAAUCUUUGCCCUGGUGAUAUUGUUCCUGGCCUGUGUGGAGCAGAGCCUGGCCUCCUGCGUGGUGGACAGCUUCACAGUCAAAGAGGACUUUGACCCCAAAAGAUAUGGAGGAAAGUGGUACGCUCUGCAGAAGAAGGAUCCCGAGGGUUUGUUCCUGCAGGACAACAUCUCUGCUGAAUACACUGUUGGAGAUGAUGGUGCCAUGAUUGCCUCUUCCAGGGGCAGAGUCACUCUCUUUGGGUUCUGGGUUGUGUGCGCUGACAUGGCUGCUCAGUACUCAGUCCCCGACCCUGGCACCCCUGGCAAGAUGUUCAUGAACUACCAGGGAUUGGCCAGUUACCUGUCCAGUGGCGGUGACAACUACUGGGUCAUUGACACAGACUAUGACAACUAUGCCAUCACCUAUGCCUGCCGCACCCUGAAGGACGAUGGAAGCUGUGAGGACGGCUACUCCCUGGUCUUCUCCCGCAACCCCCGAGGCCUCCCCCCUACCAUCCAGAGAGUCGUCCGCCAAAAACAGGAGGAAAUCUGCAUGGCCGGAGAGUUCCAGCCUGUGCUGCAGUCUGGAGCUUGCUAAACUGCUCCUAAACUGGAGUUUUUUGAGCAGCUGGAUCGAUCAUCUUGCCCAAAAUGAAGACGGAGCUCUUCUCAAAGACGCAAGUAGGAGAAUCAUCCUGUUAAGCUUAUCAUUUGCUAUGUCUGCUAACGUCAUAGGAGAGAAUUAUCGGUUAAAUCCAACUCAACUCCCCAUGAAGAGAUUAAAUUUACACUGCCAAUAUGAAAAUAUUUUCCCGAGCCAAAUCUAAUGAAAACUAUUACCGGCUGAGUGAAUGUGAUGAUAUAACCAACUGCACAGCAUCGUCUCACUGAUGAGUAACAUCUGCACUGUGUAAUCACUCUGUAUUGGUGACAAUAAAUUUUGUAAAGAAA